UCGCGAUAGAGCGAAAACAGACUGAACAACCACGACUGAGCGCGUGAGACACAUUCACGCUCGCUUUCAGUUUCAGUCGCAUUAGUACAGCGAGCCAGGUUAAGUGUGAUGUAACGAGAGCUCUGCACGGGGAAAAGUGUCACCAAUUGUUAUUGUUAUUGUACGAAUCUUUGAGUGUUCCAUUUGAUUGAGCAGCUGUUGUUAGCAGGGCUACCGAGAGCCGGUUGCAACGAUUUACGCGGGGAGAACAUUCCGGUCAGACCGGGAAUUAUUUGUGUGGCAAGAAUAAGACGACGUCCGGCUGGUGAUGGACGGGAAUUUGCAACGGCGACGGCUCAGCUCGGUAGCGAUGUGGACCGCCACGGGACUGUGUGUUGCUCUCAUCACGCUCGUUGAAUCACAAGGAAUCCAGACUAUACCGUCGACGGCCUACGUGAAAACGCUCGCGAAAAGGGUCGACCUCCUGUGCCGCAGUGACAAACCGAUCGAUGCCUGUAGCGUUCAAAUUCCUGGCAUCAUGGGUACUCACGACAUCCGAAAUCUGCCGCACGACAUCAGCUACUACGGUGACAGUUUGCAUCGGGGUGACUGCGGGAUCGAAAUAGCAAGACUGAAAACAUCCAACGAAGGCAAAUUCUACUGCAACCUGACGAUCGGUGGUGAGCUCUUUCAGGAAACGAUCGACAUCGUGAUAGCCGUGGCCCCGAAACCAACGGAAAUCGAGUUGGGUCGAAAUACGAUCAUCCAGUAUGGUGGACUGGCGCCGAAUCAAACGCUGGCCAUCAAAUGUAUCUCCCAAGAUGCUGUACCUCAGGCAAAUUUAAGCUGGUUCCUUGAAGAUGAUCCGAUCGGUGAGGAAUUUCUUGGACCGAUUGUCACCAGCGUUACGGACGAUAAGAAGGGAAAGAAGCUGACUACGGUGACGCAGCUGCUGAACUAUCCUAUUACGGCUGCCGAUUGUGGGAAGAAGAUCGUCUGUAGGGCUGAGCACUUUGCAAUAGCCAAGAGCGGCUACUAUCGAGCGUUUCUUCCAUUGAAUAUUAGAAUUCCACCUCAGCCAAUUCCGAGUAUCUACAUCGGCGAAGGAACUCACGCCGUGGUCAACGUCACCGUGAAAUCCAACCCGCGGCCUAAAACAAGUUGGAGGGUCAACGGAAUCGUUAUCGAUGAGGGUCAAUCCGUUGGACCAUACCAGGCAUACAUUCCCAAAGAUAUGGACUACGGAAACUACCUGGUACUGCUGAAAAUCAACGAGCAAACGGAGCAGACUGAACUGUUCGAGCUGAUCGCUACCAACGAGCUGGGCACGCAAACCUACGUUAUUAAAGCUAGCAAGUUCCCAGCCACGGACGGCGACGACGACAAUGACGUCAAUAAUGAAGUGGAUCCUAAAAGUGGAGCUGUAUUCUGGCUCAUCAGCCUGUGGACAUUCUUUAGCUCUGUGAUAGUUACAUGUCUGUUGAGAGUUCCUUAAAUUACGAUAAUACCAACUAAUUUUACCACAAAUCGAUGUUGUUUUAGUACUGAAAUCGUUUUCCUUCAGUUUUUUUGAAAGGGACCGAAGGAAACCAAUUUUAGAACUGAACAACUGUCUUACAAGAACAGUAUUGCGUAGACAAACAGCAUAAUUUGAGGCUGAUGUUACGAACUUUUUUUUAAAAAAACUUUAUGCUUGAUAUGAACAUUGAUAGAGGCAGGAAACUGCAAACAAUUACAGGACAAACCAGUCUGGAUGGUCACAGCGCUCUAAUGCUGAAUUUCCUCCUUGUAGAAAGUCGAAUUUAAAGUGUAAGUGCUUAUUUAUUGAAUGAAACUGCAUUUAUUAAGUUAAACGGUAGUGUGCGAUAAUAAAAAAAACAGUGGAACAACGAAACAGCGUCAAACGUGAAAGAUUUCAACGAUUAUCGUUCAAAGGUACAAAUAAAUGGUUUGACCAAA